AUGCUGCCCAGCCUCCACAAGGACGACUCUAUGAUGGAAAGCGGAAUGGUGCCUCAGCGUCGUGCGUCCGGAUCAGCUGACAGCUCUGCUGGGCCUUCGUCAAUAAAUAGUUCUACGUCCACGUCGCCAUCCUCUUCCAUAAGUGAUGCCAUGAUGACGAUCGAGCACGCCAAGGAGACAGGAUUCAGCAGUAUUAUCCCAGAGCUAAAGCAGGAUGAGCCAGAAAUAUGUGCCUCCCUGGCAUCUCUUCAUGCACCAUUCUCUGAGCCAGGAACUCCAACAAACGCCACCUUCCCGUCCAAUUCGCUGCCUCAAGCCGCUUCUCAUUCCCCAAAGCUGGAAAAACUGGAAAUCUCAAGUCCCAUCCCACUCUCACGACUCUUUGAUUUUGACAAGGAGGACCAGUCGUCCGACAAGAUCGUCCUCAACGAGUCCGAGCGUCAAUAUCAGCAGAAGCUUAAGGAUGAGUUCGAUGCUGGUUUCAGGGACAUCCAAGGCGAGGACAGGAAUGGAUUUGAGUCUUCGGAUCGUGCCGAUAGCUUCACCCGUCCACGGAGCCGACGCAUAGUCUAUGACUCGGAUGACGAGGAGGUCCAUGUCGACGAUGAUGAAGAGGAGAAUGAUCGCCGAUUAUACCGGAGUAAGCACUCUGUGCCCCCUCCACCACCACCACCACCACUCGGACCUCCACCCAUCAAAAGCCUGCCCUCUGCCAUAAACGAAGCCCAAAGUACCUACCAGCAGAUCGAGCUCAACAUUUAUCGCGGCGCCAACACAGGGAACUCUCCCGUGGACGACUGCCUCCCUUGCCAGUGCAAAUUCAACCCUAGUCGUGACCCAAGGUGGAAGGCAUGUGGUCCAGACUGCAUCAACAGGAAUCUGCUCGUGGAAUGUAUCGAAGACGACUGUCCUUGUGGCUCUUACUGCUUGAACAGGAGGUUUCAAAUGAAGCAGAAUGCAGACGUGGAUGUUGUCAAGACCGAGAAGAAAGGAUUUGGUCUCCGUGCUAUGGAAGGAUUACCAGCUGGCUCUUUUGUUAUGGAGUACAUCGGAGAAGUGUUGCCUCACGCAAGCUUUGUCAAGAGGACAAGGGAGUACUCUUUGGCUGGGGUGGAGCACUUUUACUUCAUGUCCUUGCAAUCGGACGAGGUUAUCGACGCGACCAAGAAGGGAUGUCUUGCAAGAUUCAUCAACCACUCCUGCAACCCCAACUGUCAUUUAGAAAAGUGGGUCGUCGGCUCCAAACUCAGGAUCGGUAUCUUUACCAUCAAGCGAGUCGCAGAAGGAGAGGAGUUGACAUUUGACUACCAGUUUGAGCGCUAUGGCGCUGAGGCACAAAAGUGCUACUGCGGGGAGGCCAACUGUUCAGGAUUCAUUGGUGGUAACAAGAGGUCGUCCGCGACGAGAUUGGACGACUACAACCAUCUAGAUGAAGUAGAGGACGAGGAUGAGAUUGACCUCGAAAACCAGAUCAGCCUGCGACACCCAAAGAAGGACAAGAAUCACGAUGGCGAUUACGAGGAAAAGAUCGAGGAGCAGAGGGUCACACGCGGUAUUGAAGAUCCGAUUCUGAUGGAGAAACUUGCCCGUAUCAUGUUUAUGAAGCCCAAGGUAGAGAAGAGCAAGCGCCUGCUGGCAAAACUUAUGGCCACAACUGAGCGGGCUUGUUUGCGGCGGUUCCUGGUCCUUCACGGACUGGUCAUUCUGAAGGCGUGGCUAAAACACUACAAGGAAGAGCCCGAUAUCAUCAUGGGCAUCAUGUUUGUCCUGCCUAGCAUUCCCCUUCUCUCCCGUAACGCCAUCGAGGAUUCACUAAUCGAGGAAGCUGUUCAGGAGGUCGCCGAUGGACCCGAGUGUCCUUCUAAGGGUAUGGCUCAAGAAGUCUUGGAGCAGUGGAAGCAACUCAAGCCAACCUACAGAAUUCCUAAGGCCAAGAAACAGGCUGUCACUGCAUCUACUACCAACACUACCAUGGACGCAGCAAGCACCCCUGUCGACGAACCCUCCACUUUUAUGUCACCAGCCGAGUCUAAUGGAUCCGGAUCAGGUGAAGGACUGGGAAAACGCCAAUACGACGAUGAAGAACGUGCAUCUACACCUGCUGGUAUGGAGAAGCGCGGCAGGUUCGACGGUGACUCUGACCAAACUCCAGCAGAGGAGACAGACGCAUCCGCAUCUGCAUCUACAACACCGCAAGACCUAGCCUCCAGGUACCACAGCCACCCUUUCGACUCUCCGGAAUAUUCUUCCAGGUCCGAAUCACACCGCGGACCCGAGCACUAUGGCAGGAUGGCGGAUAGCUAUGGUCGGCUGGACAUGUACGGACGGAUGGAGCCUCACAGCCGAGAGGGAUCGUAUGGUCGCUCUGGCGAUUCUGGCUACAGCCGCUCCGAAUCGUAUGGCCGUAUCGACCCCUAUGGCUUGUCCAAAAAUGGCUACGAACGUGGACGCUACGAGCACUACCGGAGCGAUCGUGACCGCGAACGGGAGCGCUAUUACGAGUACUAUCGUGAGCGAGAUUAUGAUCGGGAGUUCAGAAGCCACCGGGAACCACGCGAACGUAUUUACAAUCAGCCCCCACCUUCGCCACGCCGCAGAUCUCGCGAUGGUUCACCAGCAGCUCCUCCCCGCCGCGAGCUUUCACUAUCCCCUGCCACCCGACAGGGUAUCUGGUCCAAGGAGGCCCCUCGACCAAUGUCGCCCGCCAAGGAAGGAGUAGCUCAACAACCCGACUCUGGAAUUGCUGCUCAGGCUAAUGCAUCCGAGGCCAUUCCUUUAGGACCUCGUGUACCUGAGACUUUGUCAGAACAGGCGGCUAUCUCAGGAACAGGAACCGUCUCCACCUCAACGAUUCCUCCAGUGUCAGCGGCAGUUGCGGCAGUUCAGUCAUUGGUACUUAGGGAGGACGUGGUCGUUCGGUCACCCUCGGCAGCUGCUUCGAGGAACAACACCCCUCCGACACAGGCCGCCCCGACCCCUCUCAGGAACUACUCUUUGCCAGCGGACUUGCAGAGCACCAGCCCCGCAUCAGUGCCAGCGUCAGCUGAUCAGUCCACGCCUGUUGUUGCCUUGGGUCCCCCAUCGUCACAGCAGAAUAAUGGGUACCACUACCGGACCAACAGUGGUCACGGCGACUACCUUCAUUCUCGCUAUGGCAGCCACAGUGGAAGCUACCCCAAUUCGCCGUACUAUCGAAAUUCUUCCAACUACCCGUCAUACCCGAAGCCUCACUACUACAGGAGCUCGUCUUCGCGCGCCUAUUCUUCCUCAGCCCCCUAUCCUCCUUCGAUCGAACUUCCCCCCAACUGGUCCAAGGCGAGUGAUCCCGAAGGUCGCAUCUAUUACUACAAUGAGAUCACACGCGCGACUCAAUGGGACCCCCCAAGAGUCGAAUCGCCAGCUGAAGUCCUGCCAGAACCUACUCCCGCCGCACCCCUUUCACACUACGGACCGACCGCCUCCGCACACUCUUACCACCGGACACCUCAGUCUCUUCAUCAGCAGCCAAUCUCUACGGCAAGGGUACCGUCGCCAGAGCCACCCAAACCUGUCAAUAUCGAUGGCUUCACUCAGGAGCAGCUCCAGGAAGUCAUUGGGCGCGCCUAUGACAAGCAGAAGCAAAAGCAUUUGGCUAAUGGAUCAGGAAGCGCUGGAGCGAGUGUCCACGAUGUGGAUUCGCCUAGUGCUCGUCUCACGAAUCCUCACUCGCCCUCUGCGAUGCGGUUGAGCAGCAGCGGCAAGCCCUUGAAGCCCAUGAACGAGAAAGACUUGAAGGCAGCUCUUUCCGCAAAUGUUGUCAAGAAUAUGGCCAAGUACAAGGCCAAGCUCGGAUCCAGCGAGGCGUUCAAGAAGCAUGCCCGCAGGAUUACGCACUUGAUUGCGGAUAAGGAGAUGCGCUCCAAGUCAUUCAAGGCUGGCGAGUUGACGGAGGUGACGCAGGGAAUGAAGAACAAGAUUCGACGGUUCAUCAAGGAUUACAUGACCAAGUUGUUCAAGAAGCUUCCUAAAGAAGAGCGGUCCUCGUCUGGUUCUGCCGCCGCCUCAUUCGUGAAUGGAUCCAAGCCAACGCAGUCUCAUGCUUCGGGACAAGGACAAGAUAACUUGCCAGCGGUGUACCAUGGAUCGAUUGUUCCAAGCAAGGAACAGGUGUCGACUCUGACAGGAAAGAAGCAUAUCAAGGCAGGAGGUGAUAAGAAGUCGAUGGGCUAUGGCGAUGUUGAGGUCGACGAUGACGACGAUGUGACGUAUGGCGAGGGUGAUGACGAGGAUGGGGAGGGCGAUCUCGAAGCCGAGGAAGACGACGACGGCGGUGUUGCUGCGGUCCCAUCGGCAUCUGUGGAGCUCCCACUUUGA